CGGGACGUGGCCGCCGCAGCGGAGCAGGAGGCGGAGGGCGGGUGGCGGCGGCGGACGAUGGCGGCGGCGCUGAGCUCGGACCGGCUCGAGGUCUCCGUGGACGGGCUGACGCUGAGCCCCAACGCCGAGGAGCCGCCCUGCGAGGCGCGACCGGGGGACCCCGCGGCGGCGGCGGGGCGGAGCCGAGCGGGCCCCGGGGAGGCGGGGGCCGCCGGGGAGGCGGCGGCGGAGGAGGAGGCGGCGGCGCUGAGCCCGGAGCGGCGCUGGGGCUUCGCGCUGGAGGAGCUCUAUGGCCUGGCGCUGCGCUUCUUCAAAGAAAAAGAUGGCAAAGCCUUUCAUCCAACAUAUGAAGAAAAACUCAAACUUGUCGCACUGCACAAGCAGGUUCUGUUGGGACCUUACAAUCCUGACACUUGCCCUGAAGUUGGAUUCUUUGAUGUGCUGGGGAAUGAUAGAAGGAAGGAAUGGGCUGCACUUGGAAACAUGUCAAAGCAAGAAGCUAUGACAGAAUUUGUUAAGCUCCUAAAUAGGUGCUGCAACUUGUUCUCAACGUAUGUCACUUCCCAUAAGAUAGAGAAAGAAGAACAAGAAAAGAAAAGAAGAGAAGAGGAAGAACGAAGGCGUCGUGAAGAGGAGGAGCGUGAGCGUUUACAAAAAGAGGAGGAAAAACGUAGGCGAGAGGAAGAAGAAAGAUUGAGAAGGGAGGAAGAAGAAAGGAGGAGAAUAGAAGAGGAGCGGCUUCGGAUGGAGCAACAGAAGCAACAGAUAAUGGCGGCGCUGAACUCCCAGACCGCCAUUCAGUUCCAGCAGUACGCAGCCCAGCAGUAUCCGGGCAACUACGAACAGCAGCAGAUCCUUAUUCGACAGCUUCAGGAACAGCAUUAUCAACAAUACAUGCAGCAGUUGUAUCAAGUCCAGCUUGCACAGCAACAGGCAGCCUUACAGAAACAACAGGAGGCAGUAGUGACAGCAGCAGGGACACCUCUGACUACUGCAUCGAUGGUAAAUACACCUGCCCCAGGGGACAUCCCAUCUAUCAACGGGCAGGCCAGUGCACACGCAGACAGCUCUGAAAAAGAGCUGGAUCCAGAGGCUUUGGAAGAAGCAUUAGAGAAUGGACCAAAAGAUUCUGUUCCAGUGAUAGCAGCUCCAUCGAUGUGGACACGACCCCAGAUAAAAGACUUCAAGGAAAAAAUUCGGCAAGAUGCAGACUCUGUGAUCACAGUGGGCCGAGGAGAAGUGGUUACAGUUAGAGUACCAACUCACGAAGAGGGCUCUUACCUCUUUUGGGAGUUUGCUACAGACAAUUAUGAUAUUGGUUUUGGGGUGUAUUUUGAAUGGACAGACUCCCCCAAUACUGCAGUCAGUGUGCAUGUCAGUGAAUCCAGUGAUGAUGAGGAUGAAGAAGAAGAAAAUACUAGCAGUGAAGAAAAAGCCAAAAAGAAUGCCAACAAGCCUCAGCUAGACGAAAUUGUGCCUGUGUACAGACGAGACUGUCAUGAAGAAGUGUAUGCUGGCAGCCACCAGUACCCAGGGAGAGGAGUUUAUCUCCUUAAAUUUGACAACUCCUACUCUCUAUGGAGGUCAAAAACAGUUUACUACAGAGUUUAUUAUACUAGAUAAAGAUGUGGCUGAUGCUGGGCUGUGCAGAAGAUGUCAUUUUAUUUGGAAUUUUCUUCAAGCAUAAUGGAUCCUCUUGAGUCUGUGUUUUAUCCUGUCUGUAUCUGUAUGGUUUGUGUGAACUUUAACAAGUAGACACUGGGAUCUUCCUGCUCCAUGACACUAAUGCAUAUUGCAUUGGGCUUAACACAGGAUCUCCCUAGGCCGUUUGGGUGCUGGAGUUAACCAAUGGAAGUCGCUGGCUCCAGUGCUAAAGUCGCACCAGUUGCAUCUGUAAAGCCUCAUGUAAAUGGGGGAGGGAGUUGCUGGUUCACUGUCCGGGUGACCUGAUGUUUCUAUGUCUGGAUGCUUUGAAUAACUUGUUAACAGUUAAAGGUCCCAUCAAUAACUGGUAGAUUUGGAUGCAGUUUGCUGUGUAGCAAGUUUAUCUUAACUGUAAUUGAAUGUCAGAUUUUUACACCAUUAAAACUUGAAACUAAGUUGAUGCGGUUUAGAAACAAGUUGUCUCGCCUCUGUCCUCGUUGAAGAAGAAACAUUCAUUUCCUUGAAGCAGUGUAGUAAUUAUGAUGAUGAACAGUAUCCCAGAAGUACAGUAAAUAACCUCUUCUGAAGACAACAACAAUUAGAACUAUAUGUAACAGGUAGAACCUUAAUCACUUUGCCCUGCUGCUAGUCCUAGAAUAAAAAAAAGAAAAUCCUUUUUUUGGGAGGAAUUGACUUUGAACUGGGUAAAAAUUACUUUUUUAAUGGGGUAGACUUUAAAACUGAAAUCAGUUUUCUGCACAACUUUCUGGUGUCUGUUUUUGUAAACCUGAGUGAACACAUUGUGCAUCUGAAGAAUAGUAAAUCACUUUGGUAAAGUGUAGGAAUUAAUGUUGCACUAAUUAUGGAAAUCACUGCCAGUCCAUUUUAAUCUGAACUGGUGGUUUUGCAGUGCAGACUUUCUGCUUUAAUCUAACUUUUAACAAAGCCAGAAUGCACAUACAGAUAUUUAAUAAUAUAGCUUUAAUUCUCAAUUUUGUAUGUAUGGAUGGGACAUUUUCAUAUAUUUUGUGUAGUGGAAAAAUGCAGGUGGUUCCUUGGCUUGUAGGUGCAGUAAUAAUCCCGUGUCCUUGGAGCCCUGCACCCAAGGGGUGACGAUUGCAAGGAUGACUUGUGUAAGUGCUCUCUGCAUGGGUAAACUCAGCACUUUGUUACUGAAAGAAAUUAGUUGCUUUGGGUCUGUCUGAUCGGUUCUUGCAGUAAGAUUUCCAUUGAUUAGCUGCAGCAUGUACAGUUCCAUAGCAAAUGAUGUCACGUUGGGGAACUUGUUUGAAUAAUCAGUUUGUACAUACAUGAUACUUUACUUUUCCCAUACCAACCAUGGAGAUACUUCUCCUAGAGUGCUUAACUUGUCAUCUUGUAUUUGGUUCAGCAACACCAUACCAGCUUAUAGCUAGUUAGUGCUGCUUUAUCCAAAAACACUGUACAAUGUUCUGCUCUUGUGUACAUACAGUAUAUAAACCAUGAAUUUAGAAAGUACCUUGCUUUUAAAGAAAAUUGUAUUUAAUGUAAAAAAAAAAAAAAAAAGGAAAAAAAAGAAAAAAAAAAGAAAAACUUUUAAAAAGGCAGGCACUAAUAUAUUUCUUCCAGUCUUCAAUUUAGAUUUUUGUCCAUACAAAAAUGUUAUGACUUUUUCCUCUAAGAAUAACUGUUCUGGGGAGUGGUGUUUGUUGCUUUAAAUGGCAGCACUUACUGUCACGUGUUGGAUGUUAGAACUUUUGUUUCCAGACUUUUUUUAUUGCCUCUGGCUGUUGAUUAGUACAGUACAAGUGCGAUUUCAAAAUACCUUGAGAUAGUAUUUAAUCCUAAUUAAAAUACAUUUAUCUGUAA